AUGGACUAUAAUAUUGAUGUCCCUUCGUAUUUUCUUUGUCCAAUCUCCAUGCAACUCAUGGGAGAUCCGGUCACGGUUUCAACUGGUAUUACAUAUGACAGAGAGAGCAUAGAGAGAUGGUUGUAUGCAUUCAAGAACAACACUUGUCCAGUAACAAAACAACUAGUUUCCGACGCCGAUCUAACUCCAAACCACACCCUUAGACGUUUGAUUCAAGCGUGGUGCACCCUCAACGCUUCACAUGGAAUCGAGCGAAUUCCGACUCCAAAGCCACCGGUGGACGAAGCCCAGAUCGUAAAACUCCUCAACGACGCCAAGAAGUCCCCACACACGCAGCUCAAAUGCCUCGGCAGGCUUAGAUCUAUUGCACUCGGUAGUGAGAGAAACAAGAAGUGUUUGGAGGCUGCCGGCGCAGUUGAAUUCCUAGCUUCAAUAGUAAAGAAGGACGGAGGAGUACUCGAGUCCAAUAAGGCGGGAGAAGAAGCACUGAACAUUCUCAACCAUAUCCAGACCUCGGAAACAGGUCUGAAAAAACUUUUAUGCGAUGAAGGUGAAUUUGUUGAGGCUUUAUUAAUGCAUGUCAUGAAUGGUGAGAGUUACCAAUCUCGAACUCAUGCUAUAAUGCUAUUGAAAGCUAUUCUCGAGGUGGCUGAUCCGGUCCAUUUGGUCACCAUUAAGCCCCAUUUCUUUGUCGGGGUACUCCAUAUUUUGCAGGAUCAAAAGAUGUUGAAUCAAGCCUCCAAGGCUGCAUUGAAGCUUCUGGUGGAGCUUUGUCCUUGGGGAAGAAACCGAAUCAAAGCAGUCCAAGCCGGUGCAGUUUCGGUCCUAAUAGAGCUUCUUCUUGACACAUCAGAAAUGAGAGCUUGUGAGCUUGUUCUGAUUGUGUUAAACCAGCUAUGCAGUUGCGCAGAAGGGCGAGCGGAGUUGUUGAAGCACGCAGCCGGAUUGGCUGUUCUGUCCAAGAAAAUACUUAGGGUUUCUCAUGCAGGCACAGAUAGGGCAGUGAGAAUACUGUCCUCAAUAUCUAGGUUUUCAGCAACUGAUAGGGUUCUUGAGGAAAUGUUGCAAGUGGGUGUUGUUUCAAAGCUAUGUUUGGUGCUUCAGGUGGACAGCAGUCUUAAGGCCAAUGAGAGAGCCAAAGAGAUCCUCAAAUUGCACUCUAGGGUUUGGAAGAACUCUUCAUGCAUUCCUCCUCAUUUGCUCUCUUCCUAUCCAACUUGUUGA